AUGGACUUUUUGCAGGAACUCCCUGAGCAAAUAUUUCGAGACAUCUUAUUAAGAGUGCCAUACAAAUCUCAAUCAAACAUUAAACAGCUGUUGGAACCUGCUAAAGAAAUGAUGGAAAGUUUUCAGUUUUAUCAAGAUAGAAUUAAGUUUGGGCUGAGUAAGAAAUAUAUAUGCUUGCUCCUGUCUAAUAAGAGGAUAUCUAUGUACGAUCCUAUUGAUGAAUCAUCUGAACUGCUCCCUCAUAUUCCAACAAACGCAAAUGUUCAUAAGAUUAUAAAUGUGAAUCACAAGAUUGUUGUGCUGGACGAGGAAGAUAAUGUUAUUCCACACUUUUUGAUAUAUGAUUUAUUAUCUAAUACAUGGAAGUGUGGUGCUAGAAUUCCCACCCACAGACAUCGAUUUUAUCCAUUUGCAUGUUGUGCCUCCCCUGAUGGAUCGAUUUACAUUGCAGGAGGAUAUAACAAAUAUGGAGGAAAUAAUGAUCACCUCCGUGAAGCGGCAAUUUAUAAAGUAGACGAAGACAAGUGGGAGCUUCUUCCUGAGAUGCCCCAAGAAAUUGGCAAUUGUAAGGGUGUUUUUAUUGAAGGAAUGUUUUAUGUCAUUGGUAUUGUCAAUAAUAGAUGUCAAAGAUUUGAUCCCAACACAAGAGUAUGGACAACGAUAACAACAAAUAUGUCUUUGCCUCACUUUGGCCUUGACAUUUUGUAUGCGUUUGGACGACUAAUUGCGUUUGAUAAUGAAGGAAUAAUGCAAUAUGAUUGGGAAGAAAAUGUAUGGAGAGAAUUGGAACCUCUCCCUCAACUCUUUACUUUAUUUGUUCGUGCCACAGUGUGGUGUGAUCAAAUUUUCUUUUGUGGAAAUACUCAUACUCUUCCACAUUCAGAAUUUUAUAUGUAUAAACCUGGACCAGCUUUUCCUCAGAGGUGGAUUUAUGUUGAUGAACCGAACAUUUCUCGGGAAUUGCUUGUCCACUCUCUUGCCACUGUAGAAGUUUAA